AUGCUUCAACCCCGAAUGGCCCUUUGGGGCCUUCGGCUUCCCUUCAGGUGUUUACCGGCCACACCAGUUCGUCAAUUUGCAACAGGGAUCAAUGGAAUCGAAACAUCCUCCGAAAAGCUUUCUGCCCCGCUGUCUGACUUCAGUGCUUCCUUCGCCCCUCCGCCGACCCGAGAUGAAUCGGGGGUAAAACUCCGCACAUAUACUCCUCGCACCCCCGGUGUCCGACACUUGCGGCGGCCCAUCAACGACCACUUGUGGAAAGGCCGUCCGGUCCAUCGAUUGACAUUUCCUAAACGUGGUCAUGCUAAGGGUGGCCGUAACAAUAGCGGUCGAGUCACAGUUCGCCAUCACGGUGGUGGUCACAAGCGUCGGAUACGGACGGUGGACUUUCUGCGGGCUGCUCCCGGACCUCAUCUGGUGGAGCGCAUUGAGUAUGACCCCGGUCGCAGCGCGCACAUCGCGCUGGUCCGUAGCAAAGAGACCACCAAUCUGAGCUAUAUUCUGGCCGCGGAUGGCAUGCGCGCUGGCGAUGUGGUGCAGAGUUAUAUGUCGGGUAUCCCGGAGGACCUGUGGAAGAGCAUGGGUGGUACCGUCGAUCCCGGUGUGUUGGCGGCCAGGACUGCCUGGAGAGGCAACUGCUUGCCGCUACAUAUGAUUCCCGUCGGAACUCCAAUCUUCAACGUUGGUCUCCGUGCCGGAAAGGGUGCCCAGCUCUGCCGUAGCGCCGGAACAUAUGCCACGGUAGUUGCCAAGGGUAGCGACUCUCGGCAGCAGGAACUCGAGACCGAUCAACCUGAAGAGGAAAAGAAGCCUCUGUCGUUUCUUGAGCGUCGAAAGCAGGAGCAUCUCGCUCAGCAUAUCACUGUGCGCCUGUCCAGUGGUGAGACUCGUCUCCUCCACAAGGAUUGUUGUGCCACUGUGGGCGUUGCCAGCAACCCCAACUAUCAUUACACUCAACUGGGCAAGGCCGGUCGCUCGCGUUGGCUCAAUAUUCGUCCCACAGUUCGUGGGUUAGCUAUGAACGCGAUGGACCACCCACACGGUGGUGGUCGUGGCAAGUCCAAGGGUAACGUUGACCCGAAGAGCCCUUGGGGUAUUCCGACCAAAUCCGGCUACAAGACCCGACCCAAGUGGAAGAUCAACAAGGCCGUUGUGCACCCAAGACCUCGUAACCAAGGCAAACGCCGUCGUGGUUACAACUAA